AUGUCUAAAGAAGCCAAGGCAUCGAAAUUCAGUCACCUCCCCCGCGCUUCGACGGGGCCGCUUGAGUGUUCCCUAGAGGGUGAGGAGCUCUUGCAUAAUUCUCAUUUUAAUAAAGGGUCUGCGUUUCCACCGGAGGAACGCAAAGAAUUCAAACUACAUGGCCUUCUGCCGCCUAACGUGCAGACGCUCGAUGAGCAGGUUGAAAGAGCGUACCAGCAGUAUUGCAGUCGUCCGGAUGACUUGGCGAAGAACACUUUUAUGGCUGGCAUGAAGAUCCAGAGUGAAGUGCUGUAUUACAAGCUCAUACAAUCUCAUCUCAAGGAGAUGUUCAGUGUAAUCUAUACGCCGACAGAAGGUGAAGCCAUUCAGAACUUCUCCCGGAUAUUUAGACGGCCGGAAGGCUGCUACUUGAAUAUCCGCGACCAGGAUCGGGUAGACGAGAUCCUAUCUCGUUUCCAGGGAGAUAUCGACUACAUCGUCGUCAGUGAUGGGGAAGAGAUCCUGGGAAUUGGUGAUCAAGGAGUGGGCGCGAUUCUGAUCUCAAUUGCCAAGCUUGUCCUUACUACACUUUGUGCGGGCAUCCACCCAUCCAGACAGCUCCCCGUAGUCCUGGACUGUGGUACAGAUAAUGAGGAGCUGCUUAAUGAUGGAUUGUACCUGGGUCUGCGGCAACAACGAGUCCGGGGCAAAGAAUACGAUCAGUUCGUCGACACAUUCGUAGAAUCUGCGAGGAAGAGAUUUCCAAAUGCCUAUAUUCACUUCGAGGAUUUUGGUCUGCACAAUGCUCGGAGACUGCUGGAUAAAUAUCGCCCGCAUAUAUCGUGUUUCAACGAUGACAUCCAAGGAACCGGGUGUGUCACCUUGGCCGCUGUCAUGGCAGGCCUGCAUGUCAGCAAGGUCGACCUGAAGGACGUGCGAGUAGUGGUGUUCGGCUCUGGGUCUGCAGGGACUGGAGUCGCGGAGCAAAUUGCAGAUGCCAUCGCCACGGAAAGCGAGAAAUCAAAAGAGGAAGCAUCUAAACAGAUAUGGUGUCUGGAUAAGCCAGGAUUGCUUCUCAAGUCUCACGGAGACAAAUUGACUCCAGCACAAGUCCCCUUUGCGAGGGACGACUCCGAAUGGCCGGAUAAGGAGAAUCUUGAUCUCUUGUCGGUUGUCAAAACUGUCAAGCCCCAUGUCCUGAUCGGAACAUCAACCAAACCAGGCGCGUUUACGGAGGAGGUCAUCAGAGAGAUGGCCAAACACGUCGAGCGUCCUAUUGUGUUCCCAUUGAGUAAUCCAACGCGACUGCACGAGGCUCAACCCAAGGAUAUCAAUGACUGGACAGAAGGACGGGCCCUCAUAGCCACGGGCAGCCCAUUUCCUCCUGUGGAAUACAAUGGGACUAAAUACGAAGUCGCGGAGUGUAACAACUCCACUUGUUUCCCGGGCAUUGGGUUGGGCGUCGUCCUUUCUCGAGCACGUCUCCUGUCAGACAAGAUGCUCGUGGCAGCUAUCAAGGCAUUGGCUGCUCAAUCUCCGGCCCUUAGAGACCCCAACCAGCCCCUGCUACCUGACAUUGUACAUGUGAGAGAAAUUAGCGUCCAGAUUGCCAAGGCUGUCAUCCAGUGUGCAGUGGCAGAGGGGUUAGCGCAGGAAAAAGACAUCCCACAGGAUGAGGCUGAUCUGGAAGAGUGGAUUCGGGUCCAGAUGUGGGAACCCAAGUAUCGGCCAUUGGUACGACCGAGGAACAAUUGA